AUGUCCUCAACUCAUGAGCCACAACACUCAUCCCCCCCUAAAACAGCAGUUGCGUUACAUUCUACAAGCCAGGUACAUCUGUUGGAAGAUGGAAACACCGGAGUGGAUGAAUUACACAUUCAGGACAGCGAGCUAACUCAAGACAGCGACAUUGACAAACUCCAGUUCUCUCCCCAGAUCACAUCUCUAGUACAGUCAGCAAUAACCCUGGAUCAUCAGUAUGUGGCCGGAGACAUUCAGGAGAGCGAGCUCACUCAAGACAGCGAUAUUGACAAACUCCAGUUCUCUCCCCAGAUCACAUCUCUAGUACAGUCAGCAAUAACCCUGGAUCAUCAGUAUGUGGCCGGAGACAUUCAGGAGAGCGAGCUCACUCAAGACAGCGAUAUUGACAAACUCCAGUUCUCUCCCCAGAUCAGACAUUUUGUAAAGUCCUCAAUAAUUAGAGCACGUGGUGGAUUCAACAACAAUCCCACAACCACACAGUUCACUGCAGCCUACAAACGCCUUCUCGUCAGACAGCAGCCUGGACUCAUGGAUCGCAUCACCAGCCUGGACUCAUGGACCGCAGGACCAGCCUGGACUCAUGGAUCGCAUCACCAGCCUGGACUCAUGGACCGCAGGACCAGCCUGGACUCAUGGACCGCAGGACCAGCCUGGACUCAUGGACCGCAGGACCAGCCUGGACUCAUGGACCGCAUCACCAUUCUUUCUAAUCCAGCUGAGCCAAGAGAAGCAAUGAAGUCAUUCUCGACGUUUGGUUUCCAGCCUGGACUCAUGGAUCGCAUCACCAGCCUGGACUCAUGGACCGCAGGACCAGCCUGGACUCAUGGAUCGCAUCACCAGCCUGGACUCAUGGACCGCAGGACCAGCCUGGACUCAUGGACCGCAGGACCAGCCUGGACUCAUGGACCGCAGGACCAGCCUGGACUCAUGGACCGCAUCACCAUUCUUUCUAAUCCAGCUGAGCCAAGAGAAGCAAUGAAGUCAUUCUCGACGUUUGGUUUCCAGCCUGGACUCAUGGAUCGCAUCACCAGCCUGGACUCAUGGACCGCAGGACCAGCCUGGACUCAUGGAUCGCAUCACCAGCCUGGACUCAUGGACCGCAGGACCAGCCUGGACUCAUGGACCGCAGGACCAGCCUGGACUCAUGGACCGCAGGACCAGCCUGGACUCAUGGACCGCAUCACCAUUCUUUCUAAUCCAGCUGAGCCAAGAGAAGCACUGAUCCUCAACACCUAA